CAGAGAUAAACUUUUAAUCGUUGCUUUUAAGCAAUGAAUUCCCACGCUACGUAUUAUGAUAUGAUAUCUAUACAUAAGAAACCUAAAGGAAAUUUGAUCUCUUUGGAUAUUCAUGUGGACGAAUUUUCAUAUGAAAUCAUGAAGUGGGCACUCUUCUUGUUGUUGGUUCUAUUUGAAAUUUCAGGAAUUUAUUCAGAUUAUAACGCAUGCAGUUUAUACUAUUGGAAAGUGGAUUGGGAAUCGGCAAAUAGAACAUGUGAAGCCGACAACAAGAAACUUCUAUGUUACAGUUCUAAACAAGAAAUCGAUGACAUUGCAGAAGCUUAUAGGCUAUCUGAUUAUGGUGAUGCUGAGCUGGAAUUUUGGCUGUCACAUAGAAACUGUUCUAGACCUGAUGAACACGAAAAAUGCCUUUCGCUACAUAUUCAGAAGUCGGGAUCAAGUGUGUGGCACUUUUUCCAAACUGAUUGCAGAAAUAGGCUACCAUUUGUAUGUUGUACUAAAGAAGCUUGCCCAGAAAUUGUACCUAGAGCAGCAUGGGGUGCUCGCAGUGCAAAAUCUACAGCAAUGAAGGUUCCUGUUACUCAUGUCUUUAUUCAUCACACAGCUGGGGCCACAUGCAACUCUAAAGACACGUGCUCGAAAUUGGUGCGACAAGUACAGAAUUACCACAUGGAUACCAACAAAUGGGCAGAUAUUGGUUAUAGUUUCCUUGUGGGUGGAGAUGGACGCAUCUAUGAAGGUCGUGGCUGGAAAGCUGUUGGGGCCCACACUUACAAUUUCAAUUCCAAAGCAAUUGGCAUCGCAUUUAUGGGCAAUUUUGAUGAAAAAGAACCAGGAAGUGCUAUGUUGAAUGCUGCCCGUUCACUCAUUGACUGUGGAGUUCAAAAAAGAUUCAUCACUGCAAAUCAUGAAAUCCAUGGUCACAGAGAUGCCAAGUGUACUACUUGUCCUGGUACAGCGCUCUACAAAAUAAUUCAGAAAUGGCCUGGAUUUAAAGGUGGAAAGCUUCCCGGUUAUGUUGAAUUUUGACAGGAAAUCAUGAAGCUGACAUUCGUCCUGCUUGUGGUUCUACUUGGAAUUUCUGGAAUUUAUUCAGCUUGCCCAGAAAUUGUACCAAGAGCAGCAUGGGGUGCUCGCAGUGCAAAAUCUACAGCAAUGAAGGUUCCUGUUAGUCAUGUCUUUAUUCAUCACACAGCUGGAGCAACAUGCAACUCUAAAGACACGUGCGCGAAAGUGG